AUGGCCCAGUCACACUUGCUGCUGUGGCUGCUGCUGCUCCCCACGCUGUGUGGCCCCGGUGCCGGCGCAGCUGACUGGACUGCCUCAUCCCUGGCUUGUGCCCGGGGCCCCGAGUUCUGGUGUCAGAGCCUGGAGCACGCGCUGCAGUGCAGAGCCCUGGGGCACUGCCUACAGGAAGUCUGGGGCUACGCAAGAGCUGAUGACCUGUGUCAGGAAUGUGAGGACAUCGUCCGGAUCCUCACCAAGAUGACAAAGGAGGCCAUUUUUCAGGACAUGGUGCGCAAGUUCCUGGAGCAAGAGUGUGACGUUCUCCCUUUGAAGCUGCUUGUGCCCCAGUGCCAUCACCUGCUGGAUACCUACUUCCCAGUGGUCAUCGACUACUUCCAGAGCCAGAUUAACCCAAAGGUCAUCUGCAGACACCUGGGCCUGUGCAAACUUGGGCGUCCAGAGCCUGGGCAGGAGCCAGAGCUGUCAGACCUGCUGCUGGAGAAGCUGAUCCUCCCGGGGCUGCCGGAAGCCCUCCAGGAUCUGUCCGAGCGGCGGUUGCCCAUCCCCAUCCCCUACUGCUGGCUGUGCAGGACUCUGAUCAAGCGGAUCCAGGUUGUGAUUCCCAAGGGCGUGCUGGCUGUGGCUGUGGGCAAGGUGUGCCACGUCGUACCCCUGGUGGUGGGUGGCAUCUGCCAGUGCCUGGCUGAGCGCUACACUGUCCUGCUGCUCGAUGCGCUGCUGGGCCGCGUGCUGCCCCAGCUGGUCUGCGGUCUGGUCCUCCGCUGCUCCAACGAGGACAGCGCCGUCUUUCCAGCUCUGGAGUCCCUGCCUGGAGAAUGGUCCCCUGAAGAGCCCGAGUGCCAUGUCUGCAUGUUCGUGAUCACGCAGGCUGGGAACAGCAGCGAGCAGGCUGUGCCGCAGGCAAUACGCCAGGCCUGCCUCAACCCCUGGCUGGACAGGCAAAAGUGUGAGCGGUUUGUGGAGCAGCACACACCUCAGCUGCAGACCCUAGUGUCCGGAGGCCGGGAUGCCCACACCACCUGUCAGGCCCUGGGGGCAUGUAGGACCACAUUCAGUCCCCUCGAGUGUAUCCACAUUCCUCACUUCUGA